ACGCAGGCGAGCCCGAUAAGGGACACCCGGAGACGAUCUGAUCAUGGAGGCCAAAGUCUACGAAAUCCUCAAGCAGCACCCUCACCCUAACAUUUGCGUUUUCUAUAGAUGCGUCCGUGACGGUGAUUACGUUACCUCCAUAUGUUUGCAAAAAUAUGGACGUAUGUUUAUGGACGUAGCCAUGGCUGGACAGUGGUGCCGACCAUCUCUUCCAGAAAGUGAUAUAUACGGCCUGACACAAAUCGGUGAAUUUAAGAAGGGAACACGUUCAUAGAUAGUGCACCGAUCGUUCAGGGGAAAGAAGAUUAAUCUAUUGAAAGUGAUUAGAAUGCUGCGAUUCGCGGGUCAGCGUUUUCGCAACGAAAGACAGAGAUCCCACUCAGACUUGGACAUACAGAUGAGUGCGUAAUGUUCAU